AUGGAGUCUCUGCCUUACUCCCCGACUACCAUUCCUGGUGGCAGAGAUGCGGCGGCCUUUUACUCAGAGGCUUGGCCAGCCCAACCGGAGGCCGUAAGGCCAGGUCCUGGUGACCAGCGCCACGUGGGAGAAGCACCGGCGGCGUCGAUGGAUGCAAAGGUUGGGAGAUUUCUUCCGACAGCAUGCUGCGAUGGAGACCUUUACGACGAUGACAAGGCAGCAGUUUGUGACGCCAUCGGGCACUGGAGCUGGGUUUAUGGUGCAGCAGCAGGUUCAGCAUGCUUCGCAGCCUGCGAGUCCACACCCGGAGUCGUUGGGCGCCGGAACGGACUUGGCGGCACCUACGAUGGAGCCAAAUCCACCGCUGUUUGGACGGCAAGCGAGAAGGGCGAUGGAAGCUUGGAAUGCUCAAGCACCGUUGCUUCAUGGUUCGUCGACAAGUUCAAGAAGCUCUUCGGGCGCAUUCGGCACCAACCCAACCGGAUGUUGGCGCCGAUGUGGAUGCGGUCUUUUCGGCAGCUCGUGGGGAUCCUGCGGGUGAUGGUGCUCCGCGUGUACCAGGAGAUGCUCGGGCUCAGCUCACAAGUCAUGGAGUACUUGGAGGUGAUCGGGCUUAUUUGGUUCCGCGUCUACCCGGAGAUGCUCGGGCUCAGCCUACAAGUCAUGGAAUACUUGGGGGCGAUCGGGCUUAUUCUUCUCAGGAGCUACCCGUAG